AUGGCGCAGUCCAACGACACCAAAGCUCUCCACCGUCUCAUUCGGUUCAUUUCCAGCCUCGCCGUCGACUCGUUUUUCCAUGAAGUUCGUGUCAUAGGAGGCGAAAAUGUCCCCAAGGAUGGCCCCAUUAUUGUGACCGCGACUCACCACAACAUGAUGUUGGAUCCCGUCAUACUUUCUGUAGGAUUUCCAUACCAGAGGAUGCUCAAUUACUGGAGCAAAGCGAGCCUCUUCAAGCAUCCUGUCAUGAGCUGGAUCCUCUACUCCUCUGGCAACAUUCCCGUGGACCGUAAAUCAAAAGAUAGACAAGUCUUAUUCAAAGGAACAAUUGAUGCGCUGGCCGGAGGUGGGGCAGUAGCUUUGUUUCCCGAGGGCACUAGUUAUACGGAGCCCAGAAUAAUGCAGGUCAAAGAUGGCGCUGCUUGGGCAGCAUGCGAGUACACGAAAUGGGCGAAGCAGCAUGCUACGGAGGGUAAUUUCCGAGACGUUACCAUCAUCCCCGUGUCUAUUGUCUACACCAACAAGUCAAAGUAUAGGAGCGGUGUUAUCAUGGAAUUUGGUCGUCCUCUCGCUAUCGAUCCAUACAAGGAACAAUUCCUAUCUGAUGUGGACGGGGAACCGCGCGCGGCUGUCAAGCGCCUCACUCGCUCCAUUGAGCGUGAGCUGGUCUCAACGAGCAUUAAUGCUCCAGACUGGGACACACUUUAUGCUGCCAGAAUGGCUCGUGAACUUCUUUGGGAGAAAGACAGGUCAAUUAACCUUGAAGAUUUUGUGCCUAUAUCACAAACUCCUGUUUACAUCAUGGGCCGCAUAGGCGCUAAACUCGUGGAAAACGAAGAAGAGACCCAAGCCCAGAACAAAGUUGCUUUUGGACUGCUCUCAUCGCUUCUUAUUUAUCCUGCUGCAUUCUUUUUCCUUUGGGCUAUGUUUUGGUAUACAAGUCUCGGCGCCCUACUAGCCGCAACCCUGGUGUACCUGUUUGCUUUCGGUGUUCCUCUGCUCACACUUCUCGUCAAGGCAACUACGAACGGUUGGUUGAACGUCAUCUCAAUACAGUAUCGUGUCAUUAAACUUCUUCUACCUAGUGCGAAGCGAUUUAUUGCUGCGUGGCGUGUGCUGGUCGGCGUUUGGACUCCCAAAAGAUGGGAUCUAUCUAUGACAGCACUGUCCCAGUACACCAAACCUCGGAUUCCUCCCGCAAACCAAUGGAUUGACCGGCCAUCCACACCCAAGCCCAACGCAAGCGAGACAUCGCCUGCAACCCCCGGAAGCCCCACUGACUUCAAUUUACAAAACGAACCCCAGGUGAAAACGCGACCUGCUCGCCGGCCUCCCUCGCGUCGCCUUGUGCGCCAUGUGUUGAGGUCUCGUGUUGAAGCUGUGAAUGCAUUGGCCAGUUUCUUUGAUCAUCUGACUCGUGCUGGUAAAGACAAAAAGGUGAAUGCGAGUCCGCAUCUAGCGCAGAUGUACGGUGGAGAUAUUGUGCCUUCGAAGAGUGGCGCAGACAAGGACGUUACGGAAGGUUGGCGAUAUGCUUCAGAGGUGUUGACCUUUUUGAAGAAACGGGGGGCAAAGAUCCCAACACUGGGGCAAGGACCGUUGUUUGAUGAAUGGGCAUUGAGCAGCGAGGGAGAAGGUUAUACGACAGGGGAGGAACAGGAAGAACGGAUCUGGGUGGCAACGAAUAGCUCCUAG